CAAUCUGCGCCGGGCACCACCGCCAACAAAUACGAUGCAGCAGCAGCUGAGAAGGAACUAAAUAUCAGCAUGCUCGACACCAGAGAUGGUCGACCUUUCUACCACCUUGUCCUGCUUUCUGGUCCUCCGGGCCUGGGCAAGACCACGCUUGCUCAUCUCCUGGCUCGUCACGCCGGGUACCAGGUCAUUGAAACGAAUUCGAGGCAAGUUUCUCCCUUCGACUUGCGUCCUUGCUUGCAUAAUUUAUCGGUGCAUGAUCCCUGGUCAAAUAAUGCGGAACGUGCUUUGGUAGUAACUGAACACUUACAUACUAGUAUGCAUUUGGGGCAAGUCACUUUAUUGACGGGAAUAAGGCUUUCACCCUGGAGUUCCCUAUUCAUUUCCAAAAUAGCAAUAUAA